AUGGCUGCGUGGGGUUGGCUGUUUGUUUGCACCCUUUUGGGCUUAGCAGUUGCUCAAGGACCGGAGAAACGUAGAACAGGCAACGUAUGUCACGUGGAUAUUGAAUGUCCAGACAACGCGUUCUGUCGCCAGAGCAGUUACUGCGUGUGCAAAGAUGGCUUCGUGUACGCAGCUGUUAAUAGCACGCAUAAGGGAUGCUUGAAGGAGGCGCGCAAUGGUGAAGAGUGUGUGCAACAUAUACAAUGUCACUCUACAAUGGGUGUGCACUCUGAGUGCAUCAACGGUAUCUGCGCCUGCGCAUCCACCGCGCAUUUAGAGACCGAUCGCUGCUAUGAAACUGCGCUGAUUGGCGAGCGAUGUGUUGUGGACCAAAAUUGCUAUUUGGGUGAACAAGGGCCGGAGCGACAAGCGUUUUGUGUGCGCGGCUACUGCACCUGCCAGCUGCAGUUCAGUCCCAGGGACAAUGGCACUAGAUGUGUCCGAGACGCUGUGUUGGGUGAAGCGUGUGAAGACGAGCUGCAGUGCGCGGGGGUCGGGCUCGAGUGUCGCGGCACCUGUCGCUGCAAGGACAAUUGGGUCGCCUAUCAAGAUAUCAACGCUUGUGUUGAAUCCGCAAAAGCAAUAGAAGACCCAUGUCAAUACGAUGUUCAAUGUGACGCAUUGGCCGGUGUACCGGAGACGCCUUCGCCGGGUGCUGCUUUAUGUUUGGGCGGUACUUGCGCAUGCGCGUAUGACGCACGAGCCGUGGGAAAUCCCCCACGAUGUUGGAGAAGGAAACGACCGGGACAGGAGUGUACUAGAGAUGAGGAAUGCGUAUCAGAAGAAAACGAGCCGGGCUACUGUCUCUCCGGUCGCUGCACAUGCAAGACUUGUACUCCAGAUGCGAGAGAUUUUGGUGGAGCAAGCACUAUCGCUCCGCCAUUUGCCGCCGCCAUCUUAUCCAUCGCCGCCAUUUUAGCUCGC